AUGGCAGAGGAGAUCGCCAUUGACAAUAACAACUUUUUCAACCGCCUGUCUAGUUUCUAUGCAUCAUGGAAGGCCGACAAGCGCUCGGGCAAUGCCCUCUUUGGCAAUGCAGGGUCCAUGGUCAUUCUGAUGGGUAAGACUGAUGAGGAGAACUCAUUUCAAAAGAACAACGCGAUGCAUUUCUGGCUUCUCGGGUAUGAAUUCCCAGCAACACUGUUUGUUCUCACGACCGAAGCGAUUUACGUGGUCACCACGGCCAAGAAAGCGAAACACCUCGAGCCGCUGAAAGAAGGAAAGAUUCCCGUCGAAAUUCUGGUCACUACCAAAGACCCAGAAUCAAAGACCAAAGCAUUCGAGAAAUGCUUGGAUCUUAUCAAGGGUGCAGGGAACAAAGUCGGUACCUUACCCAAAAACACGGCCUCAGGACCCUUCGCAGAUGAAUGGAAACGCGCAUUUUCGGAAAUAUCGAAAGAAGUGGAGGAAGUUGACAUAGCACCUGCACUCUCGGCUGCUUUUGCAAUCAAAGAUUCCGAUGAAUUGGUCUCAAUCCGCAAUGCUUCCAGAGCUUGCAGUGGCCUUAUGUCAGAGUACUUUGUUGAUGAGAUGUCACGUUUGCUUGACGAAGAAAAGAAGAUGACCCAUAAGGCCCUCGCCGCAAAGGUUGAUGCAAAGAUCGAUGAUGGGAAAUUUUUCAACAAGCUGGCGCGGCUGCCCUCAGAAUUUGAUUCUCAGCAGAUCGACUGGGCCUACGGGCCUGUAAUUCAAAGUGGAGGCGCCUACGAUAUCAAGCUCACAGCGACUCCCGACAGCAAAAACCUCGAACCCGGCAUCAUUUUGUCCAGCUUUGGAAUCAGAUACAAGACUUACAGUUCCCUCAUUGGGCGUACUUAUUUGGUUGACCCGACCAAAUCACAAGAAGCGAAUUAUGCCUUGCUGCUGAGCCUCCAUGAAGCGACCAUGAAAGAGGUUCGGGAUGGUGUGGUCGCUAAGGACGUUUACAACAAGGCGCUGAGCCUUGUCCGUUCUAAGAAGCCUGAACUAGAAGGACACUUUGUCAAGAACGUUGGCGCAGGGAUUGGAAUUGAACUCCGGGAUGCCAAUAUGGUCCUCAAUGCCAAGAACAACCGCGUCUUGAAAAACGGCAUGACACUGUCUAUCACGAUCGGGCUGACUGAUGUGAAAGAUCCAGACUCAAAGAAUACCAAGAAUGGUGGCUAUUCUAUGGUCAUCACCGAUACAGUUCGUGUCGGGGAAAGUGGGCCUCACAUUUUCACCAAAGACGCGGGUAUUGACAUGGACUCGAUCUCAUUCUAUUUCGGGGAUGAAGAAGAGCCCGAAAAGCCUGUGAAGGAGAAAAAGGAGACGAAGUCUAGCGCAGCUGCUGGUAGAAACGUCACAAGGACCAAACUUCGUGCUGAAAGACCAACUCAAGUCAAUGAGGGAGCUGAAGCUCGUCGUCGAGAGCAUCAGAAAGAGCUGGCCUUGAAGAAGACAAAGGAAGGCUUGGACCGGUUCACCGGUACUACAGGAGACGACAAUGGGGUGGCACAGAAGAAAUUCAAGCGCUUUGAGUCUUACAAGCGAGACAACCAACUCCCUGCCAAGGUUAAAGACCUUACAGUUUACGUCGACCAGAAGACUUCAACCGUGAUUGUGCCUAUCAUGGGCCGACCGGUGCCCUUCCAUAUCAACACCAUAAAGAACGCCAGCAAAAGCGACGAAGGAGAAUACGCCUAUCUACGAAUCAACUUCUUGUCUCCAGGUCAGGGUGUGGGCCGAAAGGAUGACCAGCCAUUUGAGGACUUGUCAGCUCAUUUCGUUCGCAACCUCACUCUCCGGUCCAAGGAUAAUGACCGGCUCGCACGAGUCGCCCAGGAUAUCACCGAACUUCGCAAGACUGCCUUGAGGCGAGAGCAGGAGAAAAAGGAAUUGGAAGAUGUUGUUGAGCAGGAUAAACUGGUUGAAAUUAGAAACCGGCGUCCAGUGAAGCUCCCCGAUGUCUACCUUCGACCUCCUUUGGAUGGAAAGCGUGUUCCAGGAGAAGUUGAGAUUCAUCAGAAUGGUCUUCGGUACCUAUCGCCCUUCCGCAAUGAGCAUGUAGACGUGCUCUUCAGCAACGUGAAGCAUCUGUUCUUCCAACCCUGUGCCCAUGAAUUGAUUGUUCUCAUCCAUGUUCAUCUUAAGACGCCUAUCAUGAUUGGAAAGCGGAAGACAAAGGAUAUUCAGUUCUAUCGCGAGGCCACGGAGAUGCAAUUUGAUGAGACUGGAAACCGUCGGCGCAAACACCGCUAUGGAGAUGAGGAAGAAUUCGAGGCUGAGCAGGAGGAAAGACGGCGGAGAGCUGCAUUGGACCGCGAGUUCAAGGCCUUUGCCGAGAAGAUUGCGGACUCUGGCAAGGACGAGGGUGUCGAUGUCGAUAUCCCAUUCAGGGAAAUUGGCUUUACCGGAGUUCCAAACCGGUCCAAUGUCUUGAUUCAACCGACCACAGAUGCCCUAGUUCAACUCACUGAACCUCCUUUCACGACCGUCACGUUGAAUGAAAUCGAGAUUGCCCAUCUGGAGAGAGUUCAGUUUGGACUCAAAAACUUUGACAUGGUCUUCGUUUUCAAGGAUUUCCGCCGGACUCCCGUUCAUAUUAACACGAUUCCUGUCGAGGCACUUGAGGGUGUUAAGGACUGGCUUGACUCUGUUGAUAUUGCGUUCACCGAGGGUCCGCUCAACCUGAAUUGGACCACGAUCAUGAAAACAGUCGUCAGCGAUCCGUACGGCUUCUUUGCCGAUGGCGGGUGGUCUUUCCUAUCGGCCGAAUCAGACUCGGAGAACGGUUCAGAUGAGGAAGAGGAGUCAGCUUUCGAGUUGUCCGAUUCCGAGCUUGCAGCUGGAGACGAGAGUUCUGAGGAAGACAGCGAAUUUGAUGAUGACGCGAGUGCCGAUGCGAGCGACGAGGAUUUCAGCGGCGACGAGGAGAGUGGUGAGGACUGGGACGCGCUUGAGGAAAAGGCGAAACGUAAAGACAAGGAGAUUGACCAUGAUGACAAUGACCGCGGGACCAAACGGAAGCGCUAA